AUGCGGCUAACCUGUGAAACUGAAGACUUGGGAAGAAAUGGAACAAGCACAAAUGAUCUGAACAGAACUGAAGUUGCCAACUUUCUCCUCAUGGGAUUUUCAGACAUCUGGGAGAUUCAGAUAGUGCAUGCUGUUCUAUUUCUACUAAUCUAUCUGUUGGCUUUCAUGGGCAAUGUCCUCAUUGUCAUACUCACCUCUCUGGAUGUUCACUUACAAACACCAAUGUAUUUCUUUUUGAGAAACUUGUCUUUCUUAGAUUUUUGUUAUAUCUCAGUCACUGUCCCCAAAUCUAUAGUCAGUUCCUUGACCCAUGAUACCGCUAUUUCUUUUAUGGGAUGUGCUCUGCAAGUCUUCUUCUUCCUUGACUUGGCAUGCACUGAGACAGUCAUUCUUACUGUCAUGUCCUAUGACCGCUAUGUGGCCAUCUGCCAGCCCUUACACUAUGAGGUCAUCAUGAACCAAGGUACCUGUGUGAGGAUGAUGGCCAUGUCAUGGCUGAGUGGAGCAAUCUGUGGACUCAUGCAUGUAAUUGCUACUUUCUCAUUGCCAUUCUGUGGGUCUAACAGAGUGAACCAGUUUUACUGCAAUGUUCCACAGCUCAUAAAUCUCUUAGAUGCCGAAGAUAUCAUCAUUGAGAGUGGCGUCAUGAUUUUUAUUACAAGUCUUGUGAAUAUCUGCUUCUUUUCCAUUACUCUCUCCUAUGUGUAUAUUUUUUGCACCAUACUGAAAAUUCCAUCAAAGGAAGGGAGAUCAAAACCUUUUUCCACUUGCAUUCCACAUCUUGUGGUUGUCACACUGUUUAUGCUGUCAGGUAGUAUUGCCUAUGUGAAGCCAAUCUCUAGUUCUCCCUCCAUUUUGGAUCUUUUCCUUUCUGUGUUCUAUGCAGUUGUCCCCCCCACCUUGAACCCCAUCAUCUACAGUCUGAGAAACAAAGACAUGAAAGCCGCCUUGAGUAGGCAGAUUGCAAGACUCCUGUCUAAGAAGAAAGUCCAUAUGCCCAAACACCCUGAGCUCUCAGACAAGAAUGUGCCCAACCUUCACUUCAUGAAGGCCAUGCAGGUAGCCAGGGAAUAUUGCCAGUGA